GUGGCCUCGGACCGGAAGUAAGGCCGGCACUUCCGGUGUGUGGAGCGGGCUGGCGUCCAUGGCGGGGCCCUGGAGGCUGGUGUGGGCCUCCCUUCAGCACCAAGGGUUCCACACUGCUGGGUGUUGCUACAGGGGUCGCACUGGCGCUGAGCACCUGUGGCUGACCCGGCAUCUGAGGGACCCGUUUGUGAAGGCUGCGAAGGUGGAGAGUUACCGGUGUCGGAGCGCCUUCAAACUCCUGGAGAUGAACCAGAGGCACCAGAUCCUGCGGCCGGGUCACCGAGUGCUGGACUGUGGGGCAGCCCCUGGCGCGUGGAGCCAGGUGGCCGUGCAGAGGGUCAACGCUGCAGGCACAGAUCCCAGAGCUCCUGUUGGCUUCGUGCUCGGGGUGGAUCUUCUCCACAUAUUCCCUCUGGAAGGAGCAAACUUCUUGUGCCCUGCUGAUGUGACUGACCCGAGAACUGUCCAGAGAAUCCGAGAACUGCUUCCCGGUGGGAGAGCAGAUGUGAUUCUGAGUGACAUGGCACCCAAUGCCACAGGGAUCCGGGCCCUUGACCAUGACAAGCUCAUCAGCCUGUGCCUGUCCCUUCUGGACAUGGCUCCGGACAUCCUGCUUCCCGGGGGCACUUUCCUUUGUAAAACCUGGGCUGGAAGCCAGAGCCGUCGUUUACAGAAGAGACUGACGGAGGAGUUCCAGAACACAAGGACGGUAAAGCCUGAAGCCAGCAGGAAAGAAUCAUCAGAGGUGUACCUCUUGGCUACGCAGUACCGAAGAGGGAAGGGGGCCGGUCUGUGAAGGACUCAGUGUCUUCUGCCAUUCUGAUGCUUUUUCACUGCAAAUGUAGCAAGAGCUCUGUCCUGAAGUGCAGCUGGGGACCCUCACGUGAUGUGGGGUGCAGCAGGCAGGACAAGUAGGGGUCCUUUUUUAAAACCAAAAAGAUAUGACAAAACUAUUCAGUGGCCACAAUAUGUGAUUUAAAAACAUUCUCCAUAACAUGAUUUGUGAAGAAAUUAUGGAGAGAAAGAGACAGGCAAAGAUAAAAGGAUGAAAAGACAGACUGAGGGAAGGCUAAAAACAUACUCCGAGGUAGAGGCACACACAGACACCUUGUGUGACUUUCCCCUCUUACCCACUCUUGAUUUGUUGCAGAGAAACGGGCUUCCACCAUUGCUCCAGAAACAGCCCACAGGUUGCCAGGUAUUUUGACUGUAGUAUAAUGCAGAAAAAUCUGAAAUUUCCACCAGGGGAUUUAUUGCCAUCCCUUUGGCGAAUGAUCUGGAAGUACAUCCGUUCUUCAAGCGGUGAGAGUUCCCAGAGCAAUUAGGGGAGACUUUUGGUAUGAAUUAUGCAUGGGAUAAUUGUUUUUCCUGCUGGAAAUACUGCUGAAAUACUCCAGGCUCCCAAGACUUGACUUAAAGGUAAUUGCCAGUGU